CUUCCUCCAUUGCUUUAUUUUCCUUACUCCUUAAGUACCUCAAACUUUUUCCCUCUUUUUUUUCUCUUUUCUACUAUUUUCUCUCUCCUAGGUCACACUGUUUUUUUGUGUUUUCGCUUUUUCUCUCUCCUCCAUUUUCAUACCUAAGCUUCGAUGCUGCUGUUUUAGCUUCAUUCUUCUCUCUACUGGGAAUUGAAUUGUUGGAAAGAUGUCGUCGCCGUCGACUUCGAGAGGAGGAGGUUCUGAUCAAGCGCCUGCAAGGCGGUUGAUGAGGACUCAAACGGCGGGGAAUCUUGGCGAAACGGCAUUCGACAGUGAGAUUGUUCCGUCUUCUCUUAAUGAGAUUGCUCCGAUUCUUCGUGUUGCCAAUGAAGUUGAAAAGCAUAAUCCUAGAGUUGCUUAUUUAUGUCGGUUCUAUGCAUUUGAGAAAGCACAUCGGUUAGAUCCAACUUCCAGUGGUCGUGGUGUCCGUCAAUUCAAAACUGCACUUCUCCAAAGGCUAGAAAAGGAAAAUGAUCCAACAUUGAUGGGGAGAGUUAAAAAGAGUGAUGCUCGGGAAAUGCAAAGUUUUUAUCAGCAUUACUACAAGAAAUAUAUUCAGGCAUUGCAGAAUGCAGCGGAUAAGGCUGACCGUGCUCAGCUCACAAAGGCGUAUCAAACUGCUAACGUACUCUUUGAGGUGUUGAAGGCUGUUAACUUGACGCAGGCCAUGGAAGUUGAUCGUGAGAUCUUGGAUACACACAAUAAAGUAGCUGAGAAAACUGAAAUUUAUGCCCCAUACAAUAUUCUUCCUCUUGAUCCGGAUAGUGCAAAUCAGGCAAUUAUGAGAUACCCAGAGAUCCAAGCUGCAAUGGUCGCCCUACGUAAUACUCGAGGCCUUCCUUGGCCUAAGGACUACAAGAAAAAGCAAGAUGAAGACAUAUUGGAUUGGCUCCAAGCGAUGUUUGGAUUUCAGAAAGAUAAUGUGGCAAAUCAAAGAGAGCACCUCAUUUUAUUGCUUGCCAAUGUUCAUAUACGACAAUUUCCAAAGCCCGAUCAGCAACCAAAGUUGGAUGAACGUGCAUUGACAGAAGUGAUGAAAAAGCUCUUCAAGAGCUAUAAGAAAUGGUGCAAGUACUUGGAUCGCAAGAGUAGCCUCUGGCUGCCAACAAUACAGCAAGAAGUGCAGCAACGUAAACUAUUGUACAUGGGUCUGUAUCUCCUUAUAUGGGGAGAAGCUGCAAAUCUGAGAUUUAUGCCAGAAUGUCUAUGCUAUAUUUAUCACCAUAUGGCAUUUGAACUUUAUGGGAUGCUUGCUGGAAAUGUCAGUCCCAGGACGGGUGAGAAUGUGAUGCCAGCAUACGGUGGUGAAGAAGAGGUCUUUUUGAGAAAAGUUGUCACACCUAUUUAUGAUGUCAUAAGACGGGAAGCUGAAAGUAGCAAAAAAGGAAAAUCAAAACAUUCGCAGUGGAGAAACUACGAUGAUUUGAAUGAAUACUUUUGGUCGGUUGAUUGCUUCCGGUUGGGCUGGCCAAUGCGGAUUGAUGCAGACUUCUUUUGUAUGUCCGUUCAACAGCUUCACCAAGAUAAAGUUGGAGAAAGCAAAGCUGGGGAUCGUUGGACUGGAAAAGUUAACUUUGUUGAAAUCCGAUCGUUUUGGCACAUAUUCAGAAGCUUUGACAGAAUGUGGAGCUUUUUUAUAUUGGCUCUACAGGCUAUGAUUAUUGUUGCAUGGAAUGGCACAGGCGACCCUAGUGCAAUAUUUGAAACAAAUGUUUUCAAGAAUGUACUGAGCAUCUUCAUAACAUCUUCGAUAUUAACGCUUGGACAUGCUGCGCUGGAUGUGGUUCUUGGUUGGAAAGCCAGAAGAACCAUGACAUUUCAUGUUAAGCUAAGAUACAUUUUGAAGGUUGUCUCAGCUGCUGCGUGGGUGGUAAUCCUGCCUGUGACCUAUGCUUAUUCGUGGGACAAUCCUCCUCCAGGAUUUGCACAAACUAUAAAAAGUUGGUUCGGGAGCAAUGCACACUCACCUUCACUAUUUUUUUUGGCUGUUGUUAUCUACCUAUCACCAAAUAUGCUCUCUGCCAUGCUUUUUCUGUUUCCUUCCAUACGGUCUCUACUUGAAAGGUCCAACUACAAGAUCGUGAUGCUGAUGAUGUGGUGGUCACAGGCACGACUUUUUGUUGGGAGGGGAAUGCAUGAAAGUGCCUUUUCUCUAUUCAAAUACACGAUGUUUUGGGUCCUCCUGCUAUUAACAAAGUUGGCAUUCAGCUUUUAUAUAGAGAUAAAGCCUUUGGUAGCUCCAACAAAGGACAUCAUGUCAGUUCACAUAACACGUUUCAAAUGGCAUGAGUUUUUCCCUCAAGCCCGGAGCAAUAUUGGUGCUGUCAUUUCACUUUGGGCCCCCAUUAUUCUUGUAUAUUUCAUGGAUACCCAGAUCUGGUAUGCUAUAUUCUCCACAUUGUUUGGAGGUAUAUAUGGUGCAUUCCGUCGUCUUGGAGAGAUCCGUACUUUGGGCAUGUUAAGAUCCCGGUUUCAGUCAUUACCUGGUGCUUUUAAUGCACGUCUCAUGCCAGCAGAGAAAACUGAACAUAAGAAAAAAGGAUUGAAGGCCACUUUCUCUCGACGAUUUCCUGAUAUUCCAUCUAAUAAAGAAAAAGAAGCUGCCCGAUUUGCUCAGUUGUGGAACCAGAUUAUCACAAGUUUCAGAGAAGAAGAUCUUAUUAGUGAUAGGGAAAAGGACUUGUUGCUAGUUCCUUACUGGGCUGAUCGUGACAUGGACCUUAUACAAUGGCCUCCUUUUUUACUAGCAAGCAAGAUUCCUAUAGCGCUAGAUAUGGCAAAAGAUAGCAAUGGGAAGGACCGGGAAUUAAUUAAGAGAAUUGCAGCUGAUCCUUAUAUGCCAUGUGCCGUGCAUGAGUGCUACGCUUCUUUUAAAAGUGUUAUAAAGCAUAUGGUUAAAGGGGGUCCUGAAAAAAUUGUUAUAGAGAAUAUAUUUGCUGAAGUUGAGAAACAUAUAGGAGAAGGUGACCUUGUCACUGAGUACAGGAUGAGUGCUCUUCCAAGCUUGUACGGCCAUUUUGUCAAGCUAAUGAAAUGCUUGUUAGAGAACAAGAAGGAGGACAAGGAUCAAGUUGUUCUCUAUUUUCAGGACAUGUUAGAGGUGGUCACAAAUGAUAUAAUGGAGGACACUAGUGUUCUAGAGUCAAUUCAUGGUGGGUCAUUGGAUUCAGGAAUGGCAUCCUUUGAGUUAUUUGCAUCAGAAGGAGCAAUAAAUUUUCCUAUUGAACCAAUAACAGAAGCUUGGAAGGAGAAGAUCAAACGGUUGUACCUGCUGCUUACUGUGAAGGAGUCUGCCAUGGAUGUUCCGUCGAACUUAGAUGCUAGACGUCGACUCUCUUUCUUUUCAAAUUCACUCUUUAUGGACAUGCCCCCACCACCUAAAGUCCGAAAUAUGCUUUCUUUCUCUGUCUUGACCCCAUACUACACAGAGGAGGUUCUUUUCUCGCUACAAGCUCUGGAAACACAAAAUGAAGAUGGUGUAUCCAUCCUAUUCUACCUACAAAAGAUUUUUCCAGAUGAAUGGGAAAACUUUUUGGAGCGAGUCAAUUGCAAGAAUGAAGAAGAGCUUAGAGACAAUGAAGAGCUGGAAGAAGAUCUGCGGCUUUGGGCAUCAUACAGAGGCCAGACCUUAACUCGAACUGUUAGAGGUAUGAUGUACUAUCGAAAAGCUCUGGAGCUUCAAGCCUUCCUCGAUAUGGCAAAUGAUAAAGUGUUAAUGGAAGGCUACAAGGCUCUUGAAUUGAACACUGAAGAGAACUCACAGAGUGAAAGAUUGCUGUGUCAAGCUGUUGCUGACAUGAAGUUUACGUACGUGGUAUCUUGUCAGCGAUACAGUAUACACAAAAGAUCUGGUGAUCCGCGUGCACAAGAUAUCCUAAAGCUAAUGACGACAUAUCCAUCACUUCGAGUGGCCUAUGUUGAUGAGCUUGAAGAGCGUAGUGAAGAUGGGUCCAAAAAGACAAAUAAGAUAUAUUAUUCUGCUCUUGCUAAAGCAGCUCUGGCGUCGUCUACUAAUUCAAACGAGGCUGGGCAAAAUCUAGAUCAGGUCAUCUAUCGUAUAAAACUACCAGGGCCCCCAAUCUUAGGUGAAGGGAAACCUGAAAAUCAGAAUCAUGCAAUAAUUUUCACCCGUGGAGAAGGAUUGCAAACAAUAGAUAUGAAUCAAGACAACUACAUGGAAGAAGCAUUGAAAAUGAGGAAUCUGCUUCAGGAAUUUCUGAAAAAGCAUGGUGGUGUUAGGUAUCCUACGAUUCUUGGCCUUAGAGAGCAUAUAUUUACUGGAAGUGUUUCAUCUCUUGCAUGGUUCAUGUCAAAUCAGGAAACUAGUUUCGUAACCAUUGGCCAAAGAUUGCUUGCAAAUCCAUUGAAGGUUCGCUUCCACUAUGGUCAUCCAGAUGUCUUUGAUAGACUUUUUCAUCUUACUAGAGGUGGUGUCAGUAAAGCUUCUAAGGUUAUCAAUUUGAGUGAGGAUAUAUUUGCGGGAUUUAAUUCUACCCUCCGAGGAGGAAAUGUUACACAUCAUGAGUACAUACAAGUAGGGAAGGGAAGAGAUGUGGGUCUUAACCAGAUUUCGAUGUUUGAGGCGAAGAUAGCCAAUGGCAACGGAGAGCAGACGGUCAGUCGCGAUAUAUACAGACUGGGACAUCGUUUUGACUACUUUCGAAUGUUGUCAUGCUAUUUCACUACAGUUGGUUUCUACUUUAGCACCCUGAUUACUGUGCUUACUGUGUAUAUAUUUCUUUAUGGACGUCUCUACCUUGUGCUUAGUGGUCUUGAGGAAGCGCUGAACAGUCAACGACGGUUUCGGAAUAAUAAGCCACUUCAAGUUGCUCUGGCUUCUCAGUCUUUUGUUCAAAUUGGGUUCUUGAUGGCAUUGCCUAUGUUGAUGGAAAUUGGUUUAGAAAGAGGUUUCCGAACUGCCCUAAGUGAGUUUAUACUGAUGCAGCUACAACUUGCUCCAGUAUUCUUUACAUUUUCACUGGGAACCAAGACUCACUACUAUGGAAGGACAUUGCUUCACGGAGGUGCAAAAUAUAGGUCUACAGGUCGAGGAUUUGUUGUCUUUCAUGCUAAAUUUGCAGACAACUAUAGACUCUAUUCUCGGAGCCACUUUGUGAAGGGGAUUGAGCUUAUGAUAUUACUUAUUGUAUAUGAAAUUUUUGGUCAAACAUAUAGAAGUCCGAUUGCUUAUAUCUUCAUUACCAUAUCAAUGUGGUUCAUGGUGGGGACGUGGUUAUUUGCUCCCUUCCUUUUCAAUCCUUCUGGCUUUGAGUGGCAAAAGAUUGUCGAUGAUUGGACCGACUGGAACAAAUGGAUAAGCAAUACAGGGGGCAUUGGUGUGCCUCCAGAAAAGAGUUGGGAAUCAUGGUGGGAGGAGGAACAGGAGCAUCUUCGCCAUUCUGGCAUUCGUGGAAUCAUUGCUGAGAUACUGCUAUCUUUGCGGUUCUUUAUAUAUCAGUAUGGACUUGUGUAUCACUUAAAGAUCACAGAAAAGACGAGAAGUUUCCUGGUCUACGGGUUAUCAUGGUUGGUGAUCAUGUUAAUAUUAUUUGUAAUGAAGACUGUUUCGGUGGGACGUCGAAAAUUCAGUGCUGAUUUUCAGCUGGUAUUUCGGCUCAUCAAGGGCUUGAUCUUCCUAACGUUUGUUGGUAUCCUGGUUACACUAAUAGUGUUACCAGGCAUGACAUUACAGGAUAUCAUAGUUUGCAUCCUUGCUUUCAUGCCCACUGGCUGGGGUCUACUUCAGAUUGCCCAGGCCCUGAAACCUGUUGUUCACAAGGCCGGAUUUUGGGGUUCGGUCCGGACACUUGCACGUGGGUAUGAAAUUGUAAUGGGAUUGCUGUUGUUUACACCUGUGGCUUUCCUUGCCUGGUUCCCAUUUGUCUCAGAAUUCCAGACCCGAAUGUUGUUCAACCAAGCUUUCAGUAGAGGUCUGCAGAUCUCACGUAUUCUCGGUGGACAUCGUAAAGAUCGUACAUCUCGUAACAAGGACUAACCUUACUGAAAGUGAAGUCGUACUAAGUUAUUAUUUUUGUAGUUUAUUCUUAUUAAAAAUGUCUCUACCCUGUUGCGAGUGGAUGGCUAGCUGUUGUAAUUAGGCUCAUGCGCCAUUUUUGGUACUCUAGAUUAACAUUGGUGGCCAAUAGAGAUGUAUAUAUACUACAUAUUAUUAAUAUGCUUUAGCGAGGGUGCUCUAUUUUCUCGUCAA